CCAACUUGCAGCAGUGCGAAGCUCUUGCAUGAAACCCGUCCUGAUAGUGAAUAUAAUACAUACACUAUGGUCCUGGCGGAGAUAUAUGCAGCAGGAUUGGAACUGUCAGUGGUGUUUCCACUACUGGCAAUCUAUCUCCUUGGCCAUCUAUUAUACGUGUACAUAACGGACCCUCUGAGACGCAUUCCUGGCCCACGCCUCUUCACCAUAACCGGCUGGCGACUAGCCUACGAGGACUGGAACGGUACACGAACACGCAAGAUCCACGAACUACACGGUAUCUACGGACCAGUCGUGCGAAUUUCCCCAAAUGAAGUAUCCUUCAACAGCUCAACUGCUCUCCGAUCCAUAUACGGCGCUGGUAGCAAAGCCCAACGAACAGACUUCUAUCGCAUGUUCGACGUUUAUGGGCGCCAGAACCUAUUCACGUUUGGACCGUGGCAGAUGCAUGCGGAGCGUAAAAGACUGCUCAAUCAUGCAUAUGCAAAGUCGACGAUCAUGAGAGGUCCAACUGCGCAGAUGGUCGAGGAGAUGGCGAUGAAGUUUUUGAAACUUCUGGAAAACGAACCUGAGAAUGCGGGAGAGAUCUUUACUAAUUUGCAUUAUUUCUCGCUUGAUGUGAUCACACAAUUCCUUUAUGGGCCAAAACAUGGUGGUACAGCUGCGUUGAUGGGGUGUGCGCAAGAUCGAGCUCUGUUGAAUGAUAUCCUCGACCCGGCAAGGAGAAGGCUGUCUUGGUUCGCGGUGCACCUACCUAGAUUAACGAAGUGGUUAUACUCGCGCAGUGGGAUUAUGGAGAGGAUGAUUUCUAAUUUGGGUCUUCUGCCUAUGCAGAAACCGGCAACGUACACUGGUAUUCGAACUCAUGCUUUGCAGGCAUGGCACGAUUUCAAGACUGCGCCAGCGACAGAAAAGGAUGAAUAUGCAGAGACUACCGUAAUUGGGUGCCUUUGGCGAUUUCAUUGCAGCCAGAAGGGAGGUAUUCUUGAAGAUCUGGAUAUUGCAUCGGAAUGCGCAGAUCACCUUCUAGCAGGGAUUGACACUACUAGCGACACGCUUAUGUUCUUGAUCUGGGCUCUAUCAUUGCCUGAGAAUCAGAAGUAUCAGGAGGAACUAAUUCGAGAGGUCUCGUUGAUCAAGGACGCUCAGUUGGUAGGGAACGGUAUACCAUCUGCACAGUCUAGCGACAAAUUACCAUACAUGGAUGCCUUGAUCAAAGAGGCACUUCGACUCUAUGCCCCCUUGCCCGCGUCGGAACCACGUUCGUUCGCGAUUGAUGUUGUUAUCGAUGGCUUCCUGAUACCUAAAGGCACCACGGUGAGCAUGGAGCCGUACGCUCUGCACAGAAAUCCGGAUGUAUUUCGCGAUCCUUGGAAAUUUGACCCACACAGAUGGCUCUGCGAGGGCGAGCAGCUAAAUGAGAUGAAGAAGUGGUGGUGGGCAUUCUCAAGUGGUGGAAGGAUGUGCGUUGGAAUGCACUUAGCGAUGGCGGAAAUGACAACCCUCUUAGGAGCAGUAUACAGAAACUAUAAAACGUCUAUUAAGCAGGGCUUUGAAGGAGUAAGUCCUGGUAUCACGAGCCGAUUUGAGGUGUUUUAUGACGACAGGUUUCUGAAGAUGGAGGAGCAUACUUGUUUGAUCGAAUUCAUGAAACUGUAGCAGUUUUGUAAGAAGACAAACGGGAAUAGAGAGGUGAUAGUUGCUUGUUGGCCGUCUGAUGUAUCCCCGGGAGCAUAAGACGGAUUAACGUGAUUUCACGCACAAACCGCAUCAAAAUUACUAAGCCUCCCCCAGCUAUUCAGGUGAGACUACUGAGGAUGCUUUCAUGAUAUACUUUUCAGCGGGCUUGUGUUGUGUACGGGGUCGCUCAAUUACAAAUUUUAUUACUGGGUCUAUUAACUUCGGAGGCCUGAAACAUCUAUACGAGAUCCAAAGAACACGAAGAUGACCGAGUGGUACA